CUUUCUCUCUCUCUCUCUGAUCGCUCUCUCUCUCUCUCUCUCUCUCUCUCUCUCUCAGAAUCUAGACCUAUGGACCAGUUAGCUCCUUUUAUCCCUGAAAACCCAAAACUUGAGCAAGAAAACCAGAAAACCCAUCUGUCUCUGGCUCUCAUAGAAGCCAAAUGCAUAGCCAACAUAGCUUUUCCAAUGGUUUUAACAGGCCUGUUGCUCUACUCACGCACAAUGAUCUCCAUGCUCUUCCUUGGCCGCCUUGGAGAGCUUGCCUUGGCUGGUGGUUCGCUUGCUAUUGGCUUUGCCAACAUCACAGGGUACUCUGUUCUCUCUGGCCUUGCCAUGGGCAUGGAACCCAUCUGCGGCCAAGCUUAUGGAGCCAAAAGAUUCAAACUUUUAGGCCUCACUCUGCAGAGAACUGUGAUUUUGCUUCUCUUAACUUCAAUACCCAUUGCACUUUUGUGGUUCAACAUGAAGAGAAUUUUGCUUUCUUGUGGCCAGCAAGAUGAUAUUGCUACUCAGGCCCAAUCUUAUAUUUUUUAUUCUCUUCCUGAUCUCAUUGCUCAAAGCCUUUUGCACCCUCUGCGGAUUUAUCUGCGAAGCCAAUCCAUAACUGUGCCUCUCACAUUCUGUGCAACUCUGGCUAUUCUUCUCCACAUUCCCAUCAAUUACCUUCUUGUUUGUGUUCUCAAUCUCGGAAUCAAAGGCGUUGCGCUAAGCGGGGUUUGGACUAAUGUAAAUCUCGUAGGAUCUUUGAUUUUUUACAUUGCAAUCUCAGGUGUAUACAAGAAAACUUGGGGUGGUUUCUCCAAAGAGUGCUUCGAAGGGUGGAAAAGUCUCAUGAAUUUGGCAAUUCCAAGCUGCAUUUCAGUUUGUUUAGAAUGGUGGUGGUAUGAGAUCAUGAUUUUGCUAUGUGGGUUGUUACUUAACCCUCAAGCAACAGUUGCUUCAAUGGGAAUCUUGAUUCAAACCACAGGUUUGAUAUACAUUUUCCCAUCUUCUCUAAGCUUUGGUGUGUCAACAAGGGUGGGAAAUGAACUUGGUGCAAACCGUCCCAAAAGAGCGAAACUUGCAACAAUUGUGGGCCUAUCUUAUAGCUUUAUUCUGGGAUUUUCAGCAUUGCUGUUUGCUGUGACUGUGAGGAACAUUUGGGCAAGCAUGUACACCCAAGACUCAGAAAUUAUUACAUUGACAUCAAUGGUGUUGCCAAUUAUUGGCCUGUGUGAGCUUGGGAACUGUCCACAAACAACAGGUUGUGGUGUUCUGAGGGGAACUGCUAGGCCUAAGCUGGGUGCAAAUAUAAAUUUGGGUUGCUUUUAUCUUGUGGGAAUGCCUGUUGCUGUGUGGUUGGGUUUUUUUGCAGGGUUUGAUUUUAGAGGACUGUGGCUUGGUCUUUUGGCAGCUCAGGGCUCAUGUGUUGUGACCAUGUUGUUUGUUUUGGCUAGAACCAAUUGGGAAAUUCAAGCCCAGAGAGCCAAGGAGCUAACAGGAACUUUCACUAUUGAUGAUCAAGAUGAUCAAGACGCUGCUGAUGAAGCUUAUGAGUCUUUGAGUUCAUUACAAAAGGCCAAAUGUGACAAUUCACUAGUAUGAUUCUGAACAUUGACCUAGUUGGAGUAGGUUUUCUGAUAAGAACUUAGUAAUAUCUGUUAUGGGAAUUUUAUACAAUUUUGUUUCUUUCUUCAAGAGAGAUAGACCAAUUCUGUUGUAAAUGAUAUGUUGAGAAAUUAGGGGGUUGUUGCUAGAAAAGUUAUUUUAAUUCAGUAUGAAGGUAUUAUUAUUUUAUAGAGCCAGUGUUUAUUUCUUUUGACAGACUCUUGUGGAAGUAACAUGUGCCUUUUCAUUUAUAAAUUAUUUUAAUUGAUAUGGUCAAA